AGUAGGAUGGCGACGAUCUGGAUGUCAGAAAAGGUGGCUGUGCAAGAGCUACAAUGCAGACUGAGCAAUGUGGCUUACAGCAUUGAUGAGAUCAUGCAGAAGGAGUCCAGUUCUUUCUAUGCUGCUGACAUCCUCAAAGAGCUCAAGCAACAGUUUGCAUUCCUGUCAGGGGGAAGAGGACAGGAUGGAAGCCCUAUCAUUAUCUUGCCAGAAUUUCCUUCAUUUUGUGAAAUUGGAGAUCAAGAGUUUCAUAAUGUUCUCACCUACCUGACAAGUAUUCCCAGUUUGAGUGCAGCAGGUGUGGGUUUUAUCGUAGUGAUUGACAGGCGUCGGGAUCGAUGGACUUGUUUAAAGGGAACAUUACUGCGUAUCUCAGGCUGGUUUCCUGGUAAUCUUCGGCUUGUUCUGGUGCUGAGACCUAGUGCCAUCCUUCAGCGAAUGCUGUCUGAUGUGUUCUUCAAACUCAACCGAGACGACUUUAAAGUACCAGUUAUUAUGCUAAGCUCAGUGACUGACCUGCACUCUUAUAUUGAGCCGAGUCAACUGACACAAGAACUGAGUGGCUCUCAGUACUACUGCCACAAGACUUGGAUCUCUCAUCGCACUGAUCUAGAAAGCUUUGCUGCAUCAGUGAAGAGGAUGUCUCAGAGACUACUAGUGUUUGGCAGAGAACUGGCAGAAACAGAACUUCCUAACAACCUCCAAACAGCCAGCAGUCUGCUGAAUGCACACACUAGCAAGAAAGAGAGUUUGAAAGAAGAGAUGGCAGGUGCUCUCAGCCAAGGACGCAAUCUUCUUGAGAACAUUAGAGAACCAGUGCGCAGAGACCCGGAGAGCAGUCUGAACCCUGAUCAGCUGGAAAACAUUGCAACAGUGCACAGGCUAUUAUCCCAGUUGAAUGAGAGCUCUUCAGCGUUUGAUGACUUUUGGUUCCAGCACAGAAAUAAAAUGGAGUUGAGUUUGAAACUCUGCCAGUUUGCCUACAACUUUCAGCAGGUGCAAACAGAUUUGAAACAGGCAACAGACACACUAAAUGCUUUCUCAGAUGUUGGAAUAAGCUAUGCCCAAACAGAACACCUUCUUGAAGAGCUGACCAGUCAUGAAGAGAAGGCUUGCGAUGUGUUAGAGAGAGUCAGGUCCCUGGUUGCUGAGGGCCAAGGUUUGAUUGACAGCUCUCAAAAUGAGGAUGACAGUGUUGCAAUAAAUUGCAGUGAACUUCAGAAAGCCAGAGAGAAACUCACCCAAGAGUUCAAAGACAAGAGGACCAUGCUGACACAAGCUAUGGAGCUACAUAGAAGAUUAGACAUGGUGUGUAACUGGUGUGAUGAUGGGAUGUACAUGCUUGCGUCACAGCCUCUGGACAAGUGCCAGUCACAGGAGGGGGCAGAGUCAGCACUGUCAGAACUGGAGUGUUACUUGGAGACAGCCAAUGAGAAACAGCAAUGGGAUAUAAGCACAGUUUGGCUGGAAUAUGAGAGCAUUCUGAAGAAUGAGCUCAAAGAGCAGGUUAAGUGUGCAUUUGAGAAGAAAGUGUCAAUACAGGAGAUGUUUGAAAGGAGGAGGGUUAGCCUGAAGAAACUAGCAGCCAAGCAAACACGCCCAGUCCAACCUGUCGCCCCCCGACCGGAGUCACUUUCAUCUCCAGCUCACAGGGAUCAUGAGAACAGCUUUACCAGUGAAGACUCGGACAGAAGAGUGUCAUGUAAACAAGUAAGCUCUGAUCAGGUUGACAGGAGCAGUCAUAUUGCCUCUGUAUCGGAGGAGGAGACUCUCGCUGUGCUCCGCAGGCAUGUAAUGAAUGAGUUAUUGGAAACUGAGAGAGCAUAUGUGGAAGAGCUUAUGUGUGUUUUACAGGGAUAUGCUGCGGAAAUGGACAACCCCUCCAUGGCUCCUCUCAUCCCAGCAGCCCUGCAGAAGAAGAAGGAUGUGUUAUUUGGGAACAUGCAGGAGAUUUAUAAUUUCCACCAAAGGGUAUUCCUCAAAGAACUGGAGAAUUACACUGACUGUCCUGAGCUUGUUGGCCGCUGCUUUCUGGACUGGAUGGGGGAGUUGCAGAUUUAUGAGAAGUACUGUCACAACAAGCCUCGCUCUGAGAGCCUUUGGAGGCAGUGCUCGGAUUGUGCCUUCUUCCAGGAAUGCCAAAAGAAACUUGAGCACAAACUGGGGCUGGACUCGUACUUACUGAAACCUGUGCAGAGGAUCACUAAAUACCAGCUCCUGCUGAAGGAGAUGAUUAAAUAUAGUAAAGGCUGUGAGGGGUCAGUGGAGUUGCAGGCAGCUCUUUCCUCCAUACUGGGCAUCUUGAAGGCUGUAAAUGACUCUAUGCACCUCAUCGCCAUCACUGGAUAUGAGGGUAACCUUGGAGACCUUGGUCGCCUGCUGAUGCAGGGGUCAUUCAGUGUGUGGGCAGAGCAUAAGAGAGGUCAUGUGAAGGUAAUGGAGCUUGCAAGGUUUAAGCCCAUGCAGAGACACCUGUUCCUGCAUGAGAAAGCACUGCUCUUCUGCAAGAGACGAGAAGAGAGUGGGGAGGGAUACGAGAAAGCCCCUUCAUAUAGCUUCAAACAGGAGCUCAGCAUGAGUGCUAUUGGAAUAACAGAGCAUGCUAAAGGGGACAGCAAGAAGUUUGAGAUCUGGUCCAGUUCAAGGGAUGAGGUAUACACCGUACAGGCCAUGUCUGAAGAGGUUAAGACUAUCUGGGUGACAGAAAUCCGGAAACUUCUAACAGGACAGCUGGAGGCCUGCAAAGAGGCAAGACAACAGAGGCCUCCUGAUCAGCUCACCUCAGACACUAGCUCAACUAACAGACUGGUGAGAAAUGAUAGUAAUCUUAGGAGUGGAGGAGUGGAGAAACAGAAGACUGAGGAAGAACGGGACAAAGAACUUGAGAAUAUCUCUGAACCCAGAAUGACAGAGAGAACAAAGGGGUCUUCUUGCAGCUCUGAGACUAAACCAAAACGACAGGAUAUCCGGAGUGACCCCACACCUCUAGGUUGGUCUAAAGGAUCUCUCUCCCUGGAUGCCUCUAUGGAGCAUGAUGGGUACUUUAGUGCUGAGGAGCAGAUGACUUCAGACCCAGAGGAGGAGAGGGAAGAGAAGCUGUGUGAAGAUGAACCACAGUCUAUGAGGAUUGCAGAAGAGAUCCACUGUUCUGAAGAGACUGAGAAUUCUGAGAAAUGAGAGUGUGUUGGGGGGGCUAUUUGCAAGCAACAGCAUAUACAGUGGCUCCAAAAAGUAUUUGGACACUUAAGCCACUGUUAAAAAUGUACAGUAUAAAUGUCAUUGCAUUAUAUGCAAAAUAGUGUACACAAGUGGCAUUUUUUUUUUACAUAAAGAUAGCACACUUUUCACAAAAAUACGUUUCUUAGAUUUUAAAUUAUACAUCAAUAUGAUUCAAAAUUAAGGCAAAAAGGAUUUUGACACUUUCUGGUUGUCAAACGUUAGUGGAACGUGCAUAGUUAAUGUGUCAGCUUGUUUGAACCUGUGUGAACUUGAGGGGAAUUUACAUCAUACAUCCACUAAAAAUGUUUGAGAAAAGGUCUAGCAUCAUUUGUUUGCAAAUUACAAUUUUGUUAUUAAAUGCAAUGACAUUUAAAAAAUGUAAGAUUCCUUCAGAUUGUCUGAAUACUAUUUGGGGCUACUAUACACUUUGUUUUUUGUGAAAAAAAAUCUAAUGAAAAGAGGAAAAUGGGAGAUUUAAAGGGGACAUGACAUCAACUGUGUGGAAUCAAAUGGUACUUGAUCAUCACAUAUAAGAGGUUUCAGAACUCAAAACUUCCUCCUCACUGCAAAAAGAGCAUUUGUUGAAACCAAGCUGCCAAAAUGCCUCAUUCUCUACUUCCUCCACAUUGUGAUGUUACACUGUGGUAGAAAUUUGCAUCUGACCACCUCCACAACAACACAUCAACUCCUGCUUUGCCUAUUAACUUAAGUAGCCCUGCCCAGUAGUGGUGAGCAGUGAGCAAUGUAAGGAGAGACCAUGACAUCCAAGAGCCAAUCAUAACAGUGGGCAUUUACUGUCAAGCACCAAAACCGAGUGUUAAUGAGGGUAGAAAAUAAUUAUGUUUUACAGCUUGUUAUUAUAAAAAAAAGGCAUGUCAUAACCUGAAGGAGAACCUUAUUCUCCUACUAAGAACUUAUUCUACCACAACAAACUUCUCUAGUUCUUCAGAAAGCCAUAAACAGUAUGUGCUGGUGCUUGAAAUAACCCAGAAAUCAAUGCACUGACCAAAGUCCCUUUCAAGGCAAGCCAGUCCACGGGGUGGCCAUCUUGAUAAUGCUUCCUGGCAGAUAUUUUCUAUGGGGACAAGCGUUGUUAUGAUAAAUUGAGUCCACCUGGUAAAUCGAGUCCCCAUGUGGGUAAACAUUUGUAAUGCCUGAGCAAAAAACCUAUCAUGUAUUGUGAUAGAAUGUCAUUGAAGUCUAGGCUAACUGAAAAACACCUAUAAAAACACAUCUUUAAUUUCACAAUCUAUAAAUUCAGAUAUAUACUAUUAUGUGUAACUUAUGGAUUAAAAGUCAUUAAAUGUUGUAUUUUCAAAGUUAUAUUUAAACACAUCAUAAAGGAUUUAUACUCAGGCAGUGAAUAUAGUACACAUUAAUAGGUCCCUCAGCCAAUGGAAUUUCUUUGACAUCAUAGGGAGACCUGAUUUUCAUGGGGGACAUGAUUUCUCACAACACCUGCAUAAAAGUACAGCUCACUGGUAUCAUCAUAAAUUGUGCUUCUUCAGAUCACACUAAAAAUUAUAUUUUUCUGACUGGUCCAGCUAAUGUGCAUGUGUGUUCUCAAGUUGACUGACAGACGAUGUCUGUAUCUAAAAGGUGAUUGGCUCUUUAACCUUUAAGGUGGAACUUCCUUUUAUACAUCUGCCAUAAUAGGUGUUCCAAUUUCUCCCAUUCAUCUUAUACAAGUGCUCUGUCUUGGGCUACAUAGUCUCUGCCACUGACUAACCUAUAGUGUAACAUUAAGAACUUUGACCCUCCACAAAUAAAUAUACAUUGAAAAAGGUCUAGUGAAAGAAGAAUAUUCUUUGCUGAAGGUAUAGAUGAACCUUUAUUUUUAAGAGUAUAAUCUUAAAGAGAAACCACCAAAAUAAUGCAUUUCACUGACAAUCCUGUGCCAACAAUUUACAUACUGUCUCAUACAAAGCUGUGAUACAUGUUUCAUAUCCCUUAACCCUUAUACAGUUAGUAAAAUGUGCCACAGUGAUGUGUCCAUACUGGUAUAUGGUAUGUCUGUUGUCAAGUCCUGUGAUUUUCUGUGUGAAUGCAUGUAAACAGUUGUAAUAUGUGUGUGUUCAAUCAGUGCAGGAAACUAGGGCCGACAUGGUAACAAGCAUAUCAUAAAGUUGAAGUCAGAAGUUUACUUACACUUAGGUUGAAGUCAUUAAAACACAUUUUUUAACCACUCCAGAGAUUUCAUAUUAGCAAACUAAAGUUUUGGCAAGAAGAUCCGGACAUCUACUUUGUGCAUGACACAAGUAAUUUUUUCCAACAAUUGUUUACAGACAGAUUGUUUCAUAUUUAAUUUACUGCAUCCCAAUUCCAGUGGGUCAGAUGUUUACAUACACCAAGUUAACUGUACCUGGCUAAUUGGAGUCAAUUGGAGGUGUAACUGUGUAUGUAUUUUAAGGCCUACUUUCAAACUCAGUGCCUCUUUUCUUGACAUCAUGGGAAAAUCACAAGAAAUCAGCCAAAAGAUGAAAAAUUGUGGACCGCCACAAGUCUGGUUCAUCCUUAGGAGCAAUUUCUAAAUGCCUGAAGGUACCAUGUUCAUCUGUACAAACAAUAGUACGCAAGUAUAAACACCAUGGGAUCACACAGCCAUCAUACCGCUCAGGAAGGAGACACAUUCUGUCUAGUUUGGUGAAAAAAGUGCAUAUCAAUCCCAGAACAACAGCAAAGGACCUUAUGAAGCUGCUGGAGGAAACAGGUAGAAAAAGUAUCUAUAUCCACAGUCAAAUUAGUCCUAUAUUGACAUAACCUGAAAGGCUGCUCAGCAAGGAAGAAGCCACUGCUCCAAAACUGCCAUAAAAACAAAGCCAGACUACAGUUUUCAAGUGCACAUGGGGAAAAGAUCUUACUUUUUGGAGACAUUUCCUCUAGUCUGAUGAAACAAAAAUUAAACUGUUUGGCCAUAAUGAUGACCGUUAUGUUUGGAGGAAAAAGGGUGAGGCUUGCAAGCUGAAGAACACCAUCUCAACUGUGAAGCAUGGUGGUGGCAGCAUCAUGUUGUGGGAGUGCUUUGCUGUAGGAGGGGCUGGUGCACUUCACAAAAUAGAUGGCAUCAUGAGGAAGGAAAAUUAUGUGGAUAUAUUGAAGCAACAUCUCAAAACAUCAGCCAGGAAGUUAAAGCUUGGUCACAAAUGGGUCUUCCAAAUGGACAACGACCCCAAGCAUACCUCCAAAGUUGUGGCAAAAUGGCCUAAGGAUAACAAAGUCAAGGUAUUGGAGUGGCCAUCACAAAGCCCUGACCUCAAUCCAAUAGACAAUUUGUGGACAGAACUGAAAAAACAUGUGCGAGCAGGAGGCCUACAAUCCUGACUCAGUUACACCAGUUUUGUCUAGAGGAAUGGGACACAAUUCCAGCAACUUAUUGUGGGAAGCUUGUGGAAGCCUACCCAGCACAUUUGACCCAAGUUAAACAAUUUAAAGGCAAUGCUAUCAAAUACUAACAAAGUGUAUGUAAACAUUUGACCCACAGGGAAUGUGACGAAAGAAAUAAAAGCUAUUAUUCUGUCAUUUCACAUUCUUAAAAUAAAGUAGUGAUCCUAACUGACCUAAGACAGAAUGUUUUCUAUGAUUAAAUGUCAGGAAUUGUGAAAAACUGAGUUUAAAUAUAUUUAGCUAAAAUGUAUGUAAACUUCUGACUUCAACGGUAUAUGCAGAUGUUGUUUCUCAAAGUGACUGUGAUCACCCUGUGGCAUUUGUACUGAAUGCAGAAUUGUAUGUUUACAAAUCCAUCUUAUUUUAUAUGUGAAUGUUAAAA